UGUGGGGAAUAUGAUGAUGCGCUUUUUCGUUUAUUCACUGAAUUGGAGUAUGUUUAUGAAAGUGAGUUUCGAGAAAUUCAAGGCUUAAAAGCUAUUAGCAAAACAAUAAGAAGUGAGGUUAUUGUUUUCUUUGUCUUUAAAAUUAAGUUUUGUUGGUAGGGUUUUGUUAAUAAUGAAGGGUGAUGGAUUUCUUGUUUGGUUGCUUGAUACUUAAGUUCAGGGCUCAUUGUUUUUUCAGUAGUCCUUCUUAUGAACAUGUGAAUUUUUAUCUAACUUUAGGAUGUAAGGAUUCAAGUGAGGUUAUUGUUUUUGUAAAAGGAAGCAUAUCAAGAAAAGUAGAAAACCUUGGUUAAUUUGAUUAUUUCCUAGAUUAAAAGUGGGAGCUUUGAUCUUUUUACUCUUAAUUAUCCCCAAUUUCAGAUUGGGAUAGAUAAAGUGGAUAUAUGUUUUUGGAGAAUAGUUUACAGCCAUUUCAGUAUAAGCACCCCUACUGUGAAUCUGUGAUUAAUAUGGAAAUUUGUAUUUCAAGUCGAGCAAACAUAGAAAACUCUUAGGUAAAAUAGGAAGCUUUGGUUAUUUGUGAAGAGGCAUUUAACUUGUUAUCACUUUGCUUCUCGUAAUUUAUUUCUUGAGUAAUAGGCGACAAACAAUUUUCUUUUCCCAUCCUACCUUUCUUGUCUCCGAUUUUUCUAAUUUAUGGUAUUGGACCAUAUGUGGGAAUCUUUUCUACGUAUUUUUUUUUUGUGUUCGUCCGGAGGAAAAGAUGAUACCUUGACUAAUAUAACUAAUUGCCUGCCAUAAAAUAUUACAAUUACUGAUCAUUCUGCUACGUGCUUGCAGUUUUCAUAACUUACCUAGUCUUAUCAACAUUCUAUAAAUGCUGUGUUUUACUUGUUUGUUUGCUGUGAGAAAUUGGUCAUUUGCCUGAAAUGGCCAAUAACCCCCAUUCUUCAGGCAUGCAGCCUCGUAUAAUUGGUCAUGUUCCUCCUCCAAAUUCUCUUCCACCCAUGUCAAUGCAAUUUCGUCCUAUGGUUCCACCACCGCCACCACAGCCGUUCGUUCCAGUGGCUCCUCAGCAAUUCCACCCAGGUGGACAGUCAAACACAGGGAUGCCUCCUCAUCCUCCCCCACUCUAUCCUCAAGCAGUGCCACCUCUACCAUCACAGCUACCCCCACCAUCGCAGUUGCCUCCGCCAUCACAGCCACCUCCGCCAUCUCAGCCACCUUUGCCAUCACAUCCACCCCCACAAAGACCUGGUCUUCCAGGGCAUGGUUUGCCUCAAGGACCACCACAUCCACAGCCCGAUUUCCAGCUCAACAGACCUGUGAUGUCUGCUUCUCCCGCACAACUUCAGUUUUCUAAUAAUUACAUGCCCAGUUAUGGUGGUCCAAGAAUCUCUCAUAUGCCAUACAACUUAUCAUCAUCAUCAUCUGGCGGCCAACAACAAAUGAAUGUGGCCCCUAGUGUCCAGCACCUACCGAUGUCCCAAACAGAUACGCCAAACUUCCCUGCUGGAGGACAAUCUUGGUUUCCUUCUGGGAGUCAAGACAUGCAAUCAGCUAUGCCUAUGCAACAAACUGUGGAGCAAAGUUCUGGAGAACAAGCUUGGUUUUCAACUGGGACCCAGAACAUAAAGCCUGUAACGCCUUUGCAGCAAAACGGGGAGCAAAAUUCGGCCGGACAACAAUGGUUUCCGGAUGGGAAUCACAAUUCCCAAUCUGCUACUCCUCAGCUGAUGGAGGACCGAAGUGCUGGAGUGGGGAAGAAUACCAUGCCUGACCUGGACAAAAAGGCUUCGUCUGAUUGGAGAGAACACACAACUCGUGAUGGGAAAAAAUUCUUCUACAACAAAAGGACAAGGGUUUCUUCAUGGGAGAAGCCUAUAGAGUUGAUGACUCCUACUGAGAGGGCCGAUGCAUCGACAGACUGGAGAGAAUUUACUAGUCCUGAGGGGAGAAGGUUUUACUUCAAUAAGGUGACUAAACAAUCUAAAUGGCGUAUGCCGGAUGAAGUCAGGUUAUCUCGUGAGAGGAUGAAUAUGACUCUGUAUGAAGAAACACCUACAAUAAGGGAUGCUAAUGUUAAUUCACAUGCUUCUGCUGCUCUUUCUGCCUCUGCAAAUGAAGCAUCAACUCCCAAUACAAAUAAUUUAUCUGUAUCGGCCCAAGAAGUGGUGGUGUCAAGCCCAGUUUCAGUGACACCUGCUGUUAAUCCUGAGCUUGCAGUGGCUUCUGAACUAUCAAACACACAAGAGGACACUGCUAAGUUAGCAUCAGAUGACACGGCUAUGCAUGCUCCACAGGAAAUUGCUGCAUCAGUGGUUGUGUCAGACACACCAGCACCAACGCCUACUCCCACUGAUACUCCCACUGCCAUGACUUCACCUAUGGGAGUGUCAGAUAUAUCUCCUCAGGAUGCUGCAAAAACUUCUAGUGGAAUUGCGCAGGAAGAAAAUAAAAUUGCAGUAAGUGGAGGCAAUGAUACACCCGAAGGGAAAAAGCUAGAGCACGUCCCUGUGGUUUAUGAGAGUAAAGAGGAGGCAAAGAAUGCUUUUAAAGCUCUUCUGGAGUCUGCUAAUGUUGGGUCUGACUGGACCUGGGACCAGGCCAUGAGAGUCAUAAUAAAUGACCGGAGAUAUGGUGCACUAAGGUCUCUUGGAGAGAGAAAGCAAACCUUCAAUGAGUUUGUGGGGCAGAAGAAAAAACAGGAAGCUGAAGAGAGACGUUCUAGACAGAAGAAAGCAAGACAAGAUUUCAAGAAAAUGUUACAAGAAGCUAAAGAUUUGACAUCAUUGACAAGAUGGAGCAAAGCAAUAUCUAUGUUUGAAAAAGAUGAACGUUUUCUAGCUAUUGAACGGGCUAAAGACCGUGAAGAUAUCUUUGAAGAGCAUUUAGAGGAGCUUAAGAAAAAGGAACGGGCAAAGGCUUUGGAGGAGCACAAGCGUCAUAAAACGGAAUAUUUGGAAUUUCUAAAAUCCUGCGACUUUAUCAAGGCGAGUAGCCAAUGGCGAAAAGUGCAACACCGCGUAGAAGCUGAUGAGAGAUGCUCACGCCUCGAAAAGAUAGAGCGCUUGGAAAUUUUCCAGGAAUACAUUAGAGAUCUAGAGCAGGAGGAAGAGGAACAAAGAAAAUUGCGAAUGGAGGAGCAGAGAAAAACAGAGCGUAAAAAUCGUGAUGAAUUUCGGAAGCUAAUGGAAGAACAUGUAGCUAGUGGCUUUCUUACAGCCAAUUCUCAUUGGCGAGACUAUUGCAUAAAGAUUAAAGAUGCUCCUGCGUAUCUAGCUAUAUCUUCAAACACCGCAGGCUCUACUGCAAAAGAUCUGUUUGAUGAUGUUAUUGACGACCUUGAGAAACAGUAUUUGGAGGAUAAGGAGAAAAUAGAAGAAACCAUGAAGAAUGAGAAGACAUCCUUGUCAUCAACUUGGACUUUUGAAGACUUCAAAACUUCACUUUCUAAAGAGCGAAGCUCAAAACCAAUAUCGGAUAUCAACCUGAAGCUCAUAUUUGAUGACCUAUUGGAAAUUGCGAAGGAGAAAGAGGAAAAAGAAGCUAAGAAGCGUAAGCGUCUCACAGACGAUGUUUAUGACUUAUUUUUUACUUCAAAGGAAAUAACAUCAUCUUCCAAGUGGGAGGACUGCAAAUUUCUUGUGGAAGAGAGGUUUGUGGGCGAGGAGAGCUUUUUCCAGGAAAUUUUUAAUAAAGUCAUUCUUGAUCUUAAAGGAAAGACAAAGGAAAAGGAGCGGAAGCGAAAAGAGGAAAAGGCUAAAAAGGAGAGAAAGGAUAAAGAGAGGAAGGAAAAAAGUAGAAAAAGUAAAGACAGAGGAGGUAGUAGCAGAAAGGCUAAAGAGAGACAUAAGAUAGGGGAAACAGAUAGCGAUGGAUCUGAUUCUUAUAACCUAGAAGAGACAAAAAGUUCAAGGGACAGGAGUAAGAAGCAUAAGAAGCGGCAUAUGGAUGAUGACAUGAGUUUCGAUGACGACGAGAAAGACCGUCCGAGAUCUCAUAGACACAAUGCCGAUUCCAAAAAGCUGAAGCAGGUGGAGAAGCAACCGUCGAAUGCUGAAGCAGAAACAGAAAGCCAAAGCAAGAAACAGAAGAGGGAUCAUGGGGAUGGUUCUAAUAAAAAUAAUGAUAACGAGGAACAGAAAAUCGGGGAAUUUGGCGAGGAUGGAGAAGUCCGGUAGAUUUUGCAUGCAGCAGAAGUAAUAUACAUGUGCCAUUUAUUUGUCUGUUGUCUGUUUACUAUAUUAUAUCCGGUAAGAUUCUUUAGUUUCUGAAUCUGGUCCUCAACCUAUAGGAGUUUAAACGUAAUUAAACUGCUGUUAAGUUAGUCUCUACAGUUUUCCUUUUAGAUUCUAGCCAAUGAUUGUAAGUUUGUAACUUCAUUUUGAUAUGGAUCUCAUUUGAUUUAAUCAUAGCUGGUUUUCCAGUGGCAUUUUUGCUACA